CCAUUCAAGGUUUAUUUCUUUACGAUAAACAAAAUAGUCGUUACAUCACUUGCAACUUAUGUAGGUCAAAACAUGUUAUUGUGAUUGAACAUGUAUUGGCUUUUGUCUGCAGCUAGCGUAGGUAUUGUUUUAUUUGAAUAGAUUAUUCGUAAAGACCAACAAAUCGUUAACAUGGACGUGAAUGUAUGUAAAUAUUACAUAAACGCUAACAAUAGCCCACAUUAUCAUUACAUUAUACGAGUUUUUAUCAAUGCCUCGACCCGAGCGACGAAUUCGUUUUUAUAUACGAUUAAAUUGCGUUGAUAACGGUACUUAUUAACGUCAGUAGCGGGGCAACCACACGCCGGCUGGCCGCUUAUUACUAUUUACAACUUACAACCAUCGCGAAAAUGUUAAAACUACUCAAAGGAAUUCGUCGAAUCGGCGUCCAAUAUCGGCAAUAUAGUAACGCAACUAUAAUAGGAAGUGAGCCGAACAAAAAUGACCCCUAUUAUCAAGACAAUAAAGCAAAAAUGGACGAGCUCGUCGAGGAACUUUGUCAAAAAACAAACGCAGCCGUGAAAGGCGGGCCAGAUGAGGCGAUAAAAAGGCACACGGCGAGAGGAAAAUUGCUUGUACGGGACAGGAUUAACCGGUUAGUGGACGAAGGCAGUGAUGUUUUAGAACUAAGCACGUUGGCAGCCACCGAUAUGUAUAAAGGUCAGGUUCCAUGCGCCGGAAUCGUCACCGCUAUCGGCAAAGUUCACGGUCGCGAUUGUAUGAUCGUCGCUAAUGACGCUACGGUAAAAGCGGGAACUUACUUUCCGAUGACUGUGAAGAAGCAUUUACGGGCGCAAUCAAUCGCUCAGGAAUGUCGACUUCCGUGCAUUUAUCUUGUCGACUCAGGCGGAGCGCACUUACCUGACCAGGCUGACGUUUUCCCGGAUAGAGAGCACUUUGGUAGAAUAUUCUAUAACCAGGCCAAUAUGUCGGCGGAGGGAAUUCCGCAAAUUUCCGUUGUUAUGGGAUCGUGCACAGCGGGCGGAGCUUACAUUCCUAGCAUGUCAGAUGAGAGUAUUAUUAUUAAGGAACAAGGAUGCAUUUUCUUAGCUGGACCACCACUAGUGAAAGCAGCCACCGGAGAGACUGUAUCAACAGAGGAUUUGGGCGGAGCUGAUUUACAUUGUAGGCAAUCUGGCGUAACAGAUCAUUAUGCAUUAGACGAUGAACACUCCUUGCAUUUAGCCCGAAAUGUAAUCGCUAAUUUGAAUUGGAACAGUGAUCAAAAAGCCAGAAUUUAUCCAACGAAAGUCGACGAACCUGUCCAUAAUAUUGAUGAUUUGCACGGCAUUGUAGGCGCAAACAUUCAAAGACCUUUUGAUAUCCGAGAAGUUAUUGCCCGCGUAGUUGAUGGAAGCCGUUUCCACGAAUUCAAACAGCUAUAUGGGGAUACUUUGGUUUGUGGAUUUGCAUCUAUUUAUGGCCACCCUAUAGGUGUAAUAGGAAAUAAUGGUGUAUUGCAAUCGGAAGCAGCUUUGAAGGGUUCACAUUUCAUACAACUUUGCGCAGCGCGUAAAAUACCUUUACUUUUCCUUCAAAAUAUAACCGGUUUUAUGGUGGGAAGAGAAGCUGAAGCGGGCGGGAUAGCUAAGAAUGGAGCGAAGAUGGUGACUGCUGUCAGCUGUUUCAAGGGACCCAAAAUUACAGUGAUUGUUGGUGGAAGUUUCGGAGCUGGUAAUUAUGGAAUGUGCGGUCGCGCCUAUUCACCUAGUUUCUUGUAUAUGUGGCCGAACGCUAGAAUAUCAGUGAUGGGUGGUCCACAAGCGGCUACAGUCUUGUCCUUGGUGGCAAAGGAAAAAGCUCAGAGGGAGGGAAAAGUAUGGACAGAAGAAAAUGAUAAACAAGUCCGUGCUCCACUUGAAACACAAUUUGAAAAAGAGGGAAAGCCUUACUACAGUACAGCUAGAUUAUGGGACGAUGGUAUGCUCGCCCCGAGAGAUACUAGAAAAGUAAUAGGACUUAGUUUAUCGGCAGCGUUGAACGCGCCGUUUAGAGAGAGUAAAUUCGGUGUAUUCAGAAUGUGAUUCAAAACGAGAGAAACGUUGCGUUAAUUAAUGUGUUGUUAUCUUAUCAGAGGAGUGGUUUCAAGACUGUUUAUCCAAAGACUGAGAAUUAUUCAAAUAUGAUACCUAUAGAUUAAAAGUGUUCUUUGGAAUUGUAAACAUUUAUCGUUAAUAAUAUUCGUCAUCGCUAUCUGCUGUAACAUCAUGCCAAAUACAAUUAACUCACAAUAAGAAUCGAAUCUCCAAUUACCGCCAUGCAAACCGAGAAACCGAUUGAGCAUUCCGAUAUAAAUUUGAUAAGCAAUUUAAUUGCUAGCGCCGAAAGAGAAUGUUAGCGAACGCAACGCGAACAAUGGUGCGAUAAAAACAAUAUGCGGCUGCGCAUUAAUAUGUAAAUGUAGUCGGUUACGCACCCACUACGCUACAAUUCUCAUGAUGCUGGCGUCAUUUACUGUUAUUUUACUGCAGUCAGGUGUAUGUUUUUUAUCCGACCGCCUCGAUUGAGUGUUUCGUUUGUAAUUGGGUCACGGUUUUUUAUUUUGUUGUUUGCAAAAUUCAAAAUUAAAAUUAUACUUUAACACUUUAUUUUUUCUUUAUUCAGCAACGGUUAUUUUUAUGUAUAAAUAGAUACGUUUACACGAAUUUUAAUACAUAAAAUAUUUUAAAGUGUUAAAGCGAUAAAAUCCAGGACAUUUACCAUAAAUAAAUUCUUUUUUA